GUACCAAUGAGAGGAAGGAAUAUGUAUUUAAGAACGUCCUGUCGCCCUUGUUAAUCGUAAUUGGACUUCAUUGCUCGUGAAGCACCGUGUUGGAUCGGUUUUCAGACGUUUCAGACGUUUUGUUGCAGAUUUUUGUUACUUCUUUUUUGCAUUGAAACUUGAAGAUGCCUUCUUAUAAGCUGACUUACUUCCCAGUCAAAGCAUUGGCUGAACCAAUUCGCUUCAUCUUAAGCUAUGCUGGAGCUGAAUUUGAAGAUGUUCGUUUCAACAGAGAUGAUUGGCCAAAAAUAAAACCUGAUACACCAUUUGGCCAGGUUCCUACUCUCGAAAUUGAUGGGAAAGUAGUCCCCCAAUCUACUUCUAUCUGUCGUUAUUUGGCCAAGCAAAAUGGUCUUGCUGGAAAAGAUGACUGGGAAGCCCUUCAAAUCGAUGUUGUUGUCGAUACUAUUCACGAUGUCCGUAUGAAGAUUGGUGCUUAUUCUUACGAGACUAACGAGGCGGCCAAGGCUGAGAAACUCAAAGUCGCCAACGAAGUGGUACCGUUCGUAUUGGAGCGUCUGGAUGCACAGGUGAAGAAGAACGGCGGUUACUUCGUCGGUGGCGCCCUUACCUGGGCUGAUCUAACUUUCGUCGCUCUUCUCGAUUACCUAAACUUCAUGAUGAAGUCAGACAUCAUCGAGAAAUUCGACAACCUUAAGCAACUUAGAGAUAAGGUCCUUGCUCUCCCCGCGAUCAAAGCCUGGGUCGCUAAACGUCCUCAAUCCGAAUUGGGGGGACUCUCGGAGUUAACAUGUAUUCCUCUGAAGAUCAUCAUAAUGUCUACCUACAAGUUGACGUACUUCAAUUUGACCGGCCUUGGUGAAGGAAUCAGGUUCUUGUUGCACCAUUGCGGCAUCAAGUUCGAAGACCACAGAAUCACUUUCGAGGAGUGGCCUAAAUACAAGCCUAAUAUGCCAAUGGGUCAGGUACCCGUUUUAGAGAUCGACGGAAAGCCCUACGCUCAAUCUAAGGCGAUUUCACGUCUCAUUGCCAGAAGGAACAAUCUUUACGGUUCCAAUGAUAUCGAUGCUUAUCGUAUCGAUGCCACCGUCGAUAUGUUGGACGACGUGAGAUUAGCAUUUGGUCAGUACUUUUUGGAGCAAGAUCCUGAACGCAAAGAAAAACUGAAGAAGUUGGCUACGGAGAAGGUUUCAUUUUGCACUGAAAAACUUGAAGAACAAGUGAAGGAUAAUGAUGGAUACUUGGUCAAUGGAAAGUUGUCGUGGGCAGACAUUCACUUCACCACGUUUCUGGAAUUUUUUUCGAAUGUGCUCGAAACAGACCUGCUGAAGAAUCAUCCGGAACUGAAGAAAUUGUCGGAGAAGGUUAGAGCGCUGCCCAGAAUCAAGGCUUACCUGGACAAACGACCCAAGACAACGAUGUAAAAGGUGAACGACGAUUGUCACGCGUUAUCGUAAUUAAAAAAGAAAAUUGUCGCGGCUGUGACAGUCGACUCUUUUAUUACUAGCAAGCUGUUCGCACAAGGUUGCGAAGAAGCUUCAUGCUAUGUGAUACAUUAUAUGUUACAAAUGUUACGCUACACAUCGGAAGUAAACAUAUAAACAGAGACAGAGGGAGUUUAUGUUUGUGUUUAUCUCAAGAUUCGAAGAUAAAAAUAAAUACUUACUUCAGUUAUUUUCGUUAAA